ACCUCCGGAGGUGGCGGCCCCACGCGGCCCAACAAGCUGCCGUUGUCCCGCGGGCCCCGGGCCCGGCACACUGGGGCUUUGUCCAGCCCCCCGCCGCGACCCACGGUGGGGGGGCCCCACAUGACCGAGGGGGUAGGAGGAGCCUGCGGCGGCGGUGGCGGCGGCGGCGGCGGCGGCGGCGGCGGCGGCUCCUCCACCACCAUUUCCCUCCCUGGCCGGGGGUCGGCGGGCGGUGGUGGCGGCGGCGGCGGCGGCGGCGGCCGGGCAGGGGCCCCUGUUCCCCGCCAGGCUGCAGGCGCCCGGCCUGGGCCAGCAGGGCAGCUGCGACCCAAGCGCUCUCCGGGCGGCGAACUGGGGGUGCGCCCGGACCCCCGCCCCCGGGAUCAUGGGGAAUGGCAUGACCAAGGUACUUCCUGGACUCUACCUCGGGAACUUCAUUGAUGCCAAAGACCCGGACCAGCUGGGCCGGAACAAGAUCACACACAUCAUCUCUAUCCACGAGUCACCCCAGCCUCUGCUGCAGGACAUAACCUACCUUCGCAUCCCUGUGGCAGACACCCCUGAGGUACCCAUCAAAAAGCACUUCAAAGAAUGUAUCAACUUCAUCCACUGUUGCCGCCUCAAUGGGGGGAACUGCCUUGUGCACUGCUUUGCAGGCAUCUCCCGCAGCACCACCAUCGUGACGGCCUAUGUGAUGACUGUGACGGGGCUAGGCUGGCGGGACGUGCUUGAAGCCAUCAAGGCCACCCGGCCUAUCGCCAACCCCAACCCAGGCUUUAGGCAGCAGCUCGAAGAGUUUGGCUGGGGCAGUUCCCGGAAGCUCCGCCGGCAGCUGGAGGAGCGCUUCGGAGAGAGCCCUUUCCGCGACGAGGAGGAGGUGCGCGCGCUGCUGCCGCUGUGCGCGCGCUGCCGCCAGGGCCCCGCGCCCGCGCCCGCGGCCCCCGCGCCGCACUCGGCAGCCUCCGAGGGAACCCUGCAGCGCCUGGUACCGCGGCCGCCCCGGGAGGCCCACCGGCCGCUGCCCCUGCUGGCACGCGUCAAGCAGACUUUCUCUUGCCUCCCGCGGUGUCUGUCCCGGAAAGGCGGCAAGUGAGGAUCCCAGCUCGCCCUGGCGCCCCUCUUCCUAACGACCGGUCCCCUUCGGGGCUGUUUGGGCCUCCCGCGGCCUCCAGAACGGGCCCAGAGCCUGUGGGAGCCCCGCGGAGCCCCGAGCCCUGCCCCUGCCCCUGAUACCCGCCCUGCUUGUCUGCGUCUGCAGUCUGUGUGUCCUCCAUCCGUGAGUCUCUGUGUCUAAGCCGGCCUGCUGCAGCCACUUGGUGCCUUAGUCCUUGGGCUGGGGGGAGGGGGCACCCAGGCCUCCAUCCUUAAAGGCAGCGGGAGUGGGAGUGGGUGGGGGUGGGGGGGGUUGGAUGGGCCUGGAGGAUAUUAAAGAGACACAGAAGCUGUCUGUCUGAGCUCCUCCUAGUCAUUCAGCAAGGGGCCUGGAUGCAGGACUGCGUGGGGCUGGAGCCUGCAGGACACAGGGAUGGGAGGGGGCCGGCAUCCCCAAGGGUCUGGAGGAGCCCACCACCUCCUCAAAAUCGCUCUGGGCAGGGCUGAAUUCCUGGACUCCGGUUCACUGCCUGACCACCCCCACCCAGUCUCUCCCUGAAGCCCUGGUCUCCUGAAAAGGCCUCUGAAUCCCUCCUUCUCUCUGAACCCUUUUGCCCUCUAAGCUCUUCUCCAUGUCACCAGCUCCCUCCUCUUCUCUACUCACAAAUACUAGGUAGUAAGCUGUCCAAAUAGUGCCUCCUUCAUGCCUGACUUUUUAAAUGCAUGAAUUCACUUCAUCUCUGGGAGGAAACUGAGGCUCAGAAAGGUAGGCAGCUUGCCUGAGGACAGCUGGAGUAGGGGAGGCUGGAUUUGAACCUAGGCAGUCUGUGUCCCAUGGUGGCUGUUAAGAAGUAGUUCCUUGGUGACCGUUUAAUCGGAUUAUUACGGGCCUUUUGGUGGUGACUUAUAUAAAGUUCUUUAUAUAUUUUGCAUAUUAACUCCUUAUUGGAUGUUUCAUUUGCAAAUACCUUCUCCCACUCAAGACCCUUUUCACCUAGAGCUUAAAGGCCAGGGGGCAGCCACUGAGGAGGGAAGGAAGGCCUCGGGGCAACCCCAGCAAGCAGCAAAUGGACUCGAGUUGAACAGAGGUCAUCCGGGCUGAGUUUUCUGAACUAAAAGUAACUUGGGAGUUGAGAGGGGUCUGAAAAAACUCCAAUCUAAUAGCCACCUGGCUGGGGUCCCUGUUAUGCACCAAGUACCAUGUUCAGGGCUGUGGGGGAAGCCCAGAUUCCAGUAUUGGGGGUGAGAGGAUGGAUGAAAUAAUCCUCAUCUGCUGCCCAGCCUCCUCAGGAAACUGAGGUUGAUGUCCGAGGUCACCAGCUGGCAAGUGGUGGGGCUGGGAUUCUAAUCCAGGCAGUCUGGCUGGAAAGUCAAGGGAACCCCAUCCUCCUAAUCACUAUGACUCUGCCACCCAGAAAAAUGAAAAGAUUAUCUGACACACUUAACAAUCCCACUUUGAUGUAAUUAUUACACUUGGAUUUGAUCCUAUGAAAUGCUUUGCCUCCCACACCCCCACACCCCACCCCCAAGCCCUACAAUUGGGUC